AAGCUUUUUUUUAAUCUAUCCGUUUGCAACAGUCAGAGGGUUCCCUUCUUCUCAUCUCAGCUACAUACAGAACAUCGUAGUAGUAACUGCUUUUAAUGAAAAGCUUGAAUCCAUCCUCUUCAGAUAUGUUUGGUGCCUGGAUCUUAUUGUUUCCUCUGCUGUUAGCUGCAGGAGCGAGGGCGUUUAUGAUCCACAACACCCAGAGCAGCCUGUGUCUGGAGGAAUCUGCAGCGACAGGUGAAGUCCUGCUGAAGAACUGCAACCUGGACUCCAAGUUUCAGCAGUGGAUCUGGAUCGGUCGGGGCAUGCUGAUGUGUGUUGAAUCGUCCAGAUGUUUGUCAGCCCUGCAGAAAGAGCCUGUCCAGACUCGGUCCUGCUGGGGGUCGGAGGUAGCUGCACCGGGGUUAUUGUGGGACUGUGACAGGGGCAGACUGAUCAGCAGGAACACCUCUAUGCUGCUGUCAGCAGAUGGCUGGCGUCUGGUUCUCUCCACUGACAGCAAACUCUCAAAGUGGAAGUCUCUGGAUGAAGGGGACAUCUGCCAUGAAAAGCUCAGAUCCAGGAGGGCAUCUGAUGAUCCAGAUGAGUUUGAGACUGCAGAGGAGCAGAAAGGCAAUGCCCCGGCCAUGACGGAAGAACAGAGAGAAUACCUCCGCUGGUACUAUCGCACUGAGGAUCAAGCCACAUGGAAGUUUGUGCUCCUGGGACUGGCCUUCGUCUGCCUUCUUGUUGGUUUUCUGCUGCUUGGAAUGGGAGCCAUGGCCAACAAAAACAGAAAGAAGAUUGCAAAGUACAAGGCGGCUGCUUCUGCUGUGGCUCAGAAAAGUGAGGAGCUGGAGAUCAUUUUGCCGCUCAGAGAUGAAAGCAGCAGCAAACCAUCACCGUCACUCGACAGGCUGAUGCAGGGAAACAAACCCUCCACAACUAACGGGGAGGUGAGCGAGCUCAAAGCAGGAAACAUCAUGGUCACAUGGAAAGAUGGCAACACGUCCUGCCUGUACUCAGAUCGCCCUGCAGAGGAGGUGAAACAGGAGGAGGAUCAGGAGGAGGAUCAGGAGGAGAAAAAAGAGGAGGAUCAGGAGGAGGAUCAGGAGGAGAAAAAGGAGGAGCUGUCAGCUGCUGAGCUGGAGCCUGAAGAGGCAGUGAAGUCGAUGGAUUGAAUAUUCUUACAUCAGGUGUGAUUAAUGUCAGCCUGUUACACAGCAUGCUCCUCUAGAAGCAAAAGUUAGCAGCUUCCAUCCCAUACGGUUUAACCCUUCACCACCCACUGCUCCACCUCAUGAUGCUAUCAAUAUGUAUAACUUUGGACUUCUAAUACUAUGAAGUUGCAAAGCAUUAGGUCUGUAAAACCUGCUGACUCCAAUGCAUUCUCAGCAGCCCGACAGUCCAAGAGAAUAAUCAAUCCAUGAAAACGUUAUGUCCACAUUCACUGGGAAGAUGUACAAUCCAUUAGUUCGAAUGUAGGCAUAAUGCUAAAGAGAUAUACUGUAUGAGUAACAGAGUUCUGUCACAUGAGGAAGGUUGUUUACCCCAAAAAAAUAGAUAAAUACAAAGUUUAUCAUGUGGUAUGUUUGUUUUAAAAAAUUUAAAUAAUUAGCAAUUUAAAAUUAUGAAAGUAAUUUGCUAUUCAUGUUAUACCAGAAUUUGUGACUUAAUUAGAUUCUCCCUGAAGCGGUAGCUGUCUGGGGGGGGUCAUGGAUUGUUCAUAUGAUGAGCGUGAGACAGAUUUUAUUUGUUUACUUCAUACCUAACAUUUUUGGUGUUGUGUUGUUAGCCAGCCAGCCAAGCGGAAGCUGUGCACGCCGUCCAGAUAAACCGACUGAGCUGUAUAAAAGAGGCAUUAACCUUUCGCCCACAAUACUUGUCUGGGCCGCGUCAUACAAAUUAACAUUUGUGAUUUAAAGAAUGUUGCGGUAUAUGAAAUAAUAAAUAAAUAAAUCAAUGGCUUAUA